AUGACUAAUAUUCUCGAAAAACAAUCAAAAGAACCAGUUUCCGGAAAUUUCGACAUAUCUGAAGAAUUCACUGUUGAAAGUAUGGGUAAAAAUGAGAAUGAACAAACUACGUCACAAAAUGUUAAUAAGUUGGAUUGCGAAGAUUCCAGUUCUGAAUUAAUUGUAUCCCAAAAAGAUCAUGAUCCGGAUUUUUUUAUUACACCUAUUUUAAACACGAUUCAAAGUGGUUCACCAGAGGUGCCACAAUCAGGUUCAUACACAAUUAGUGAAAAUAUCUGUUUUCAUUUGUAUCAAUGUUAUUUACACUCCAAGUUCUGUGACAUUGAACUUCGUGUACCCUAUGUCCAAGAUAAUUCUAUCAAAGUUCAUGCAAUUAUUGUAUCACGUUCUCCACACUUGAAGAAAUUGAUCGAGACCGAUGGACCUAUAAUCGUGAUGGACGUUAAAGAUUCCAACAUUAAUCAAGAAUCAUUGUACAUUUGUGUUGGUCAUCUUUACACUCCCCACUAUAACUGUAUCACUCCUUCCAAUGUGCGUUAUGUAUUAGCCACUGCUUAUCAUUUUGAACUAAGAGAUUUGUGUGAUUUUGCACGAGAUUUUAUAAAGAAUAUCUUGAAUCCAUAUAACGUUUUAGUUAUUGGUCAAUGGAUAGAAAACAGUAUUAUAUAUGGUGAAUAUUCUGAUGAAAUUAAAAAUUAUAUUUUCGAUUAUUUGGCAGUAAACCUGCCUAAGGAAUUACAAGUUUUCCCGGAAAAAAGCAUAUAUCAAAUUAUGAAAGAUGGUAUUGGAGAUAUUGAUCAUUCAUUUCCUAAUUCUGGAUAUAAUAAACUUGUGGAAAUUUAUGCACUCUUACCAUUUAACUGGUUCAAGCGUGUCGUGGAAUCUGACAAGUUCACCUGUCCAACUGAUCUUGAUAGAUUUCAAUUUGCUCGAAAAGUUGUUAAUGCUCGUGCGAAAAGAUAUGCAUCAGAAAAUCGACCUAUGCAAUAUGAAGCCAAAGCAGUUAAUAAAGCAGACUUAGUGAUCAUAAAUCCCUUACUUCGCACGUCUUUCUUCGAAAGUGUAUUUCAUGCAUUACAUUGUACAGGUUCCAAUUCGAUGUGUACUACAUAUGAUGAAGAAAUUUUUUCUUUUCAUUUUUCUGAGAUGGCCCGUCCCACAAAUUUUAAUAAUAACAUGAAUUUAACUUCGAUGUCUGCAUGA